AUGUCGAACGGGCUUGACAAGAAUGAUGUGUAUCCUUCAGCGACGGCUACUGAGUUAUUCAAAUUCGCAUCACGAAGGAGUGUAGUUCAUUCCACAAAAGGAAUUGUAUCAUGCACGAGUCCUUUGGCAUCUCAAGCAGGAAUCAAGAUAUUAGAAAGAGGCGGUAAUGCUGCUGUGAGCGAACCAUUCCUUCACUUCCCAAUUAUAUUAGUCGAAUUCGAAGCCGAUGCGGCAAUUGCUGUUGCUGCAGCCCUCAACGUCACCGAACCGACUUCUACAGGCAUUGGCGGGGAUGCCUUCAUGCUCUUUUGGAAUAAUUCUACCAAGAAGAUAACUGCUCUCAAUGGUUCCGGUCGCUCCCCGGCAGCAUUAACCAGAGAAUUGGUGGUCAAAUCCGAAGGAGUAAGCUCCGGUUCCCUUCCGAAGCCUUCAAUCCACGCGGUGACCGUCCCAGGUGCGGCAGCAGCUUGGGUUGAUACGAUUGAAAAAGUUGGAAGUGGCAAUGUAUCAUUGGCAGAAGUUUUAGCCCCUGCGAUCGAGCUUGCGGAGAAUGGAUACCCGGUGUCACAGGUUACGGCCGCAAUGUGGAAGAAUGGUGAGAAGGAGUUGUUGGAAGCGUCCCCUAAUGGAUCUGAGAUGCUUGUUCCGCCAAACCAAUACAGCGACCAGGUCCAUGCGCCAGAGCCUGGCGAAAUAAUGGUGAUGAAGAACCUAGCAGAGACAUUUAGAACCGUUGGAAGAGAAGGGAAGAAGGGUUUCUAUGAAGGACGGAUUGCGGAGGAAAUUGUAAACGUCGUAAAAGCAAGGGGAGGCGUCUUGGAGUUGGGAGACUUGAAGAGACAUGCGGAAUUGGGGAGUGAGUUUGUAGAACCGAUUUCAAUGUUCGUGGAAAGGUUUGGAGUGGAUGUUUGGGAGUGCCCACCCAACGGGCAGGGUAUAGUGGCUUUGAUGGCUUUGGGCAUUAUCGAGCAGCUAGAGAAGUCGGGAGCAAUACUGCCAAUCGAGCAAUUGAAGCAUAACUCUACCGAGUAUCUACAUUGUAUCAUUGAGGUCCUUCGGAUUGCAUUUGCAGAUGCUGCGUGGUAUGUAACGGACCCACACAUGCUAAAAAUCCGAACAUCACAGCUUCUUGACAAGGGGUAUUUGGCAGAAAGAGCGAAGCUGUUCAACCCGAAGAAGGCUACUGCCGAUUUCGAUCAUGGAAGUCCGGCUUUGAAUAGCUCAGAUACGGUGUAUUUCUCAGUUACGGAUCAGGAUGGUAAUGGGUGUAGUUUCAUUAUUUCGAACUUUGCUGGUUUCGGUUCUGCUGUUGUUCCGAAAGGGUGUGGCUUCACGCUCCAAAAUCGAGGUGCCAACUUCAACCUAGAAGCGGAUCAUCCAAACGUGGUUGCUCCAAAUAAGCGGCCCUACCACACAAUCAUUCCAGCUUUAAUAACUAAGGAUGGAGAGUUACAUACUGUCUACGGUGUCAUGGGUGGAUUUAUGCAGCCACAGGGGCAUGUGCAAGUUUUGCUUAAUAUGCUUGGAUUUGGAUUCAAUCCGCAGGUAUCUUUGGAUGCGCCCAGGAUUUGUAUCGGUGGUAUGGCUCUCGAUAAUUCAGUGCUUGUCGAAGAAGGAAUAGCGGAAUCAGUCGUGGAAGAGCUUAGAGAGAUGGGGCAUACGAAGAUUAAAUUGCUUAAAGGUUUUCAGAGAGAAGUAUUUGGAAGAGGUCAAGUUAUUCGGGUACAUUAUGAUGGAGGAAGACGAGUGUAUUCUGCAGGUUCGGAUAUGAGAGGGGAUGGACAGGCAGCACCACUUUUAUAA